AUGAACAAGACGAUCUCUCUUCUGGUGGGCAUCUUCUCUGUCCUUAACACCAUCCAGUUCCUCAUCUUUGACUUGAACCACAUUACAUCCAUUGGCUACGAGGAAAAAAUCAACAUCUACAUGGACACAAAAUCAGAGGUAAUAUCUUGGAUCAUGAUCCAGAAGAAGUCUAUCAGCAUUGUCUUAUCUACCAUGACCAUCCUGUUCAGCGUGUUCCUUCUCUACUGCAUCCGCAUGAACAACUACGUGGGGCUGCUGUGCUAUGCUGUGUGGAUCGUCACCUAUGAGCUCAUCAACUUCUCCAUGGUCAUACUCAUCAACGGGAUCAUCAAAGAGCAGUUCAAGGAGCUGAGUUACCUGAACUUGAUCUUCCAAAUCUCCCAUAUGCUUCUGCACUUCUUCUCCCUGCCUUUCAUCUCUAAGCAUAUCUACAUCCUUUACAAGGACCCUAAGACUUUAAGUAAGAUAGGCCGCCGCAGGCACUCCUCCAUCUGUACAGUCGAUUCAUGGUCACCUGUUGGGAUGGGAACAUUGUACCGCAAGUUAAACUGA